CGACCCGCCCGCUCGCCCCUCACUGUGUCGUGCUGCGGUAGAAGCCUGACAGAACUGGAAGACUCUUGUGUAUUUUUUGUGUAUUUUACGAUCUAAACAUGGCUCAGGUCAACACCUGCCUCAAACGCACCUUCACCAUCUUCAACAUCUUCUUCGCGAUCGUUGGUGGAAUCAUCAUCGCUCUCGCGCUGCUGUCUCAGGUCAUGACAAACGUUAAUGGAGGAGACAACCUGGAGGGUCGGACCACCGGCCUCCUCGUUCUCUACAUUGUGGGCUCUGUUACCAUGGUGAUCGCCAUCCUGGGAGCCUAUGGGGCCCACAAGGAGAGCAAAGUGUGUCUGAUUGUGUUCCUGGUCUGUAUGGUUAUUGGAAGUCUGCUGAUGCUUCGAGUUGGUAUCCCAGCUGCCAGCGCCCGCCCCAAGCUGGAGGGAAUGUUGGAGAACAAGUUCCGCAGCUUGCUGCCUCUGGACGAGGCUUCAGAUGAGGUGAAGAACAUGGCUGAAAGCCUGCAGACUCAGCUGCACUGCUGCGGUCUGUUCAGCUACGAAGACUGGGAGCAGAAGAUCCCCGACUCCUGUCUGUGCAACCAGGAGGAGGAGCUGGAGGGCAAGUGUCAGAGCGUCGGCUACACGCUUCUCAUGCAGCCCAAGAAGUCCGUUUACAUCAAGACCUGCUUCCCCAUCAUCAUGUACUACGUCCUGCUGGUGAUUGACAUCAUGAUCGGUGUCGUCUUCACGCUGGCUGUUCUGGCGCUGCUGGGAAUGGUUCUGUCCUCCAUCAUGAUCCACCAGCUGCGUUACCCCGACAGACCCACCGUCCUGCUGUCUGUCCCCGCCAUCUUCACCACACCUCCGCCCAAAUACCAGGAGCUGCACAACCCUCCGCAGUACUAGAGCAGCAGCAAGCCGCCUGCGCUCCGUUAGCUUCACGUACAGGUUCCGGAAGUCAGGUUGUUUAUGUUGUUUCUUGUUUAUUCUUGAAUUUUAAGGCGAUUUAUGCAGGUAGAGGGCGGCGUGUCCAAAGUGCCUUUACGUCACUGUGAGGAGUCCUGACUGUCGGCUCCACGGAGAUCGAUGGAAACACCACUGGGUUUCAUUUUCUAAUGCAAAGCCGCUUUGAAAAGAUCUGCAGCAUCACUCAUCUCAACAAGUUUAAUAGUGAAGCUGAUUGGUCAGUGCUGCGGGGGGCGGGGCUUGUUGACGACUGUAUUUGUCAGAAUCUGCUUGAGAGAGAGGACUGUGUCUCUAAAGGUUUUUUUUUCCUGUUUUUCUAAUCACGAGAUCAUUAUUUCAGGUCAUUCUCAAUAAAACAGUUUUGUUUUUCGGUCCAGAAAAUGUUUUUGCCACAGAGAAAAAUCACAAAAGCAGAAAGUCAAAGAAUUGACUCUGUGUUCUGAUUUUUCUCCUAAAUGAAUACACGUUUGAUUUUGGCUCUAAAGCUCGUCUGGAUGCAGACAAACUUGAAAAGUUUGAGUUGUGAAAAACACUUUGAUAUUUGAUAUCAUACAAAAGAGAACUGGGGCCUCUCGGAACAUGAGGAAAACUUUACCGCCAAACCUCAUAUAAAAAAGUCAUAAUUUUAAAAUGUCACAAACAUUGUCUUCGUGAUGAUGAAAAAAAAACCUUCAGCCACUUCCUCUCUGGCCUUUUUCAUUCCACUCAAACCUAAGAAGAGCUUCACAUUUGGUUUUUGGCUGCACUCUCCUGAAGGUCGCUGCACUUACUGCUUGUUACACAAUGCAAAAAAAAAAAGCAACCCUCUUUUUCAACCAGCAGUCCUUCCUAAA